AUGGCCGGAGCUCCCAGCGAAGACGAGGUCCAAGGGUACAUCAAUAGAAGAGGAGAAGAGGCAAUCAACUGCCUGGACAACGCAGCAAACUUCAUUGCGGGUUUGAUGAAGAACAACGUGAACGGAAGCGUCCGCAGGAGGCUCCAGCGGCUGAGCCUUGGCCUCAGCAAUGCAGCAGCAGACGUGGAGCACACCCUGCAGCGCCCGCGGGCAACUCGCCGCCUCAACGGCACAGCACGGCCGCCAGCAGCAACUGCGGCCGUGGUUCGUGCAACACGCCUCACGCGCCGGGAGCUGGGGACUGCGUUCAUGGGUCUAUCCAUUGCGAUCGGGGGAUUCUUGCUGUUUGUGUUCACAUUUGACCGGGCGGAUGGCUGGCAAACCUGGGGGCCGGCAUUCGCAUCACUUCUUUUGGGCUGGGGCUUGUGGCUGGCCCAGGACUGCUUCCUAAAGCUGAUUGUCAGGUUUUCUAACUAG